GCCGCCCUGGAUCAUUUUUCGUCGGCGCCUGCCGGACAUCUACUUGGUCUCUCCGAGCGAUCGUCCUGCCCGGUCCCGCCGGUCAACACAACUCCGACAGAUUUCUCCGGCACCCACCUGAGAGACAACCGACCGUCGACCGAUACCCUCGAAAUCAACAUCCAACAGCAGCCGAUAGUUCUACUCCGUCAACAGCUUCUACUUGCCUGGUGAAAAGAAGCAGAACAUCGGAGUCUCGACAUGUGGAGGGGACUUUUUUUCUGUAUCUGCGGCGUCAUGGCCUUCUUCUCAGGGGGUGCGGCCGUGCCCAGCAGAGCCGUACCCAAAGACCAACCUGAGAACCACCGCGUGAAGAGGGGAGUUCCUCCCGCUGUGGCGGCCUUCGUGGCUGACGCCGCUCAGGAUGUCGGCGGGAAAGUCGUGGACGCGCUCGGAGACAGGAUCGCGGAGGCAGUAGUUGAGAACCACCAGGAAAAGGUAGUGUCGAGUCUAGAGGAGUACUUCUCCGGCCAGUUCGACAAGGCAGACGAGGAGUUUGACAAAGUGAUCGCCCGGGGAGGAGAUCUCCUUGCCGGCGUGGGUUCAACUGUUGAGGAGGCCAGACUCAGGGUGAUCCACGGCAGAGGCUCUAACACAGGAGACUCCUUCUCCCCAGCUGACGAGCAAAUCGUCGUGGAGUUCGAGCAUGCUGAUGAUAGCGACGAUGAAGACGAAGGAAGUGCGGAUGGUUCGCUGGUGUCCUACCCCAACGGUGUUGGAUCUGUCCUAAUGAACGGCUGCUUUGGGAACAAUUAUCAGGAAGGAGACCCGUGUUUUGAGGCUUUCGUGCCGAUAGAAGCAUGUGCUAAUAUCAUUGACGGAGCGACUUUCCUGGGUGUUGGGUUUGACGGCCGAGGCGAAUAUUCGACCGACUCCAGGAAGAAGAGCCUCAUUCAGCGAUCCUGCAAUGGUCUACAGGGAUAUAAGGAGUUUCACGUGCCUGACACCAUGACCGUGCAAGGAAUAUACGACACCGACGUGGAGACCUACAGCUUCGGCUCCAUAGAGGAGUACCGGUCUUACCUGGAGGACAAGUCUGCCGUGACGUCAGCUACGGCCAUGUUUCAACAGGAGAUGCACAAGGUGCAAGGUCAUCUAGCCGUAAGCGCCAUCUUUGGACUAGUAGCGUCAGGAGGUGGAGGUGGCAGCACCCAGGUUGGAACCGAUAGUGAGACGUCUUUCGCUGCUGCCGGCUCUGCUGCUUCCGCCCAGCUGAGUGAGAGAUCUGCUAGAACUUUCCUAGCAACGCUGGAACUCAACGUUUUUAGGUAUGAAAUCUUCCUGGACUUUGUCACACCGGAAGACUUGAACUUGGCCUUCCUGCGUGACUUUCUUGCAUUGCCUACAACGUACUUUGCCAUUGGCGCUGACAUGAAGUUCCAAACCUUCAUCAAUCGCUAUGGUACGCACUACAUUACAUCCGCUAAAUUUGGUGGCCAGCUGAAGAUCAUCAAGACCAAGACAGCUACUGCGCAGGACAACAAAGUACAGUUCGCCCAGGCAGCCCAGACUGACUUCAAACAGCUCUUUAGCGUCUACUCAUCGGUCCAAACCCAGAUCAAAUCCAGCAGCUUUUGGCACGAUCAGGACUUUAAGACAGACAAUGGAAGGUCUGCUGGCAGUGCAACUGAGGGAACCUCAUCAGACCAGUCUCUCGGUGAACAAGAAGCAAGUUCCCGCACGGAAUAUAGCAACGAGAUGAUGGCCGUGCAGGGAGGGGACCAGCGGAUCGCAGCUGCCAUCACCGAGUUCUACACGACUGCAUUCGGAUCCGAGCUCAAGGAGUGGCUGGACUCCAUUGACGAGUACCCGAAGCCCUUUGAGUUCACCAUGGCGCUGAUCACAGACCUCUUCGACAUGAACUUCGACCUACUCUUCCCCCAUGGGGUUCUGGACUACGGCUGCUUCGGAAGUAAGGAGCUGCAAGUGGACGCAAAGGGCCGGAAGUACUACGUGGAAGACACGGUUGUGGCCAACACCACACGGGAGAUGGCGUCCAUCCGCUACUGUAACUUCAACGCAAGGGAGGAUUUCGUCGAGAGCGUGACCAACCGGAUGCUGGCCCUUGAGCGUGCAAUCGCUGUGUACCUGGAGGAGGGUCCAUUAGUCAGUUCUGACUUCUCCAUCCCGGCCGGAGAGCCCGGAUGUGAGACAGCUGAUUUGGCCUUCUCUGAUGAACCUAACAGCGGAUUCCCCACUUGGGAAGAGAUGAUCAACGGAGAAGAAUUCAUCGUCCAUAUCGACAUGCCUUACAACAUCCCGAGGUUCCUUCAGGCCAAGAAGUCCCUCCACUUGAUGUUCCUGAACGGCAGAUGGAUGACUGUUACGGACAGAUUCCAUCCACACAUCUAUAACGGAUACAGGAACGGCAACAGUGGCGACACCGCAACGCAUAAGGUAAGCGUAGGAGGAUUAGUGAUGACGUAUGACGAGGAAACAGGGCUGUUCACCGUGACACAAGAAGACUUCGAGGCAUCCUCGCAGCUUAUCAGCGGCCUGCCUGACUGGAUCAUCGACAUGGAUGUGGGCAGAGCCGAGUACAGCUCACUGGUGGAGCAGAUCGGCCAUCACCAAAGUUUGAAUAGGGGAGACAUGCCGUGUAACAUGCGGUGGUCCAACGCCCACCGUGUUAACCCGACCGACGGCGGCAAGUGCAUCCACUUCACGGCGGCGUCAGAGGGAGACAUCUUCGUGGUGUUCGCCGGCAUUCCCCGCGAUCAUGAAACCUGGAUGACCAUAGAGAUCUCUCCGGACGGCGUGAUUUUGUACAAGGCCAUGCGGUUGGUUGUCACACAACCGGAGCAGGGUGCGAAAGGCCUAGGAGCUGCCCACCUUUACCAGUCGUACUUCGUCUGCGUCACAGAGAACUUGGAGGCGGGAACAACCCUCAUACAAUACGGCAAGACACCGGAUAACGAGGAACGGGCACACGUUUGGUUGGACUACCAAUUCGACAAAGUCCUGGGCCUGCAGUAUUUCGCGUUCGGAAGCGGCGCUCAUCCGGUGAAAGUUAUGAGGGUGUCUCAAGUGGAUCAGCCCGCCGAAGACUUCGUCGUUUGCCGUGAAGGAACAACGAAACGAGGCGCAAGAUGUUUGCAAGCGUGUCACGAGGAGUGUGAUGGCUGUAGAACCACUGGCUCGGACACCCCGCGGGACUGCAUCGCCUGCAUGAACGUGAAGGUGCCGUACCCGUACAUCGACGGCUCGGACGGUGACUUUGAGUGUGCCGCUGCCUGUCCUCCUGCCAUGGUCCUCACGCCUGGCACCUCACUCUGCGAAUGCAUGAAAAUGAUGGAGGGUGCUCCCAGCCAUGGCAGAGUGGAGUGUUUGGAUGAGUGUCCUCUUACCCACUAUGACGACAACAAUGUGUGCAGGAGAUGUAGCAGCCUCUGUGCCGAUGUCAGUGGUGAUGGAAGAAGCGUCUGUUCCGGGCCUGAACCUCUCGAUUGUACCGAAUGUACCUUUACAAACUCUGACGGAUCCUGCACUUCAGGGUGUGAACCAGGGCAGAAGGCGGUCCCUUCGAAUUCUGCUGGAGAUUGCCAGGUGGGAGAUGGAGCAUCCUACCGAGGAACAGUCUCUGUGACCGAAUCUGGCAAGACGUGUCAGCGCUGGGACAGUCAGACACCUCACAGCCACAGUUUCAGACCUGAAGAUCAUCCGACAUUAGGGCUGGAGGAGAACUACUGUCGGAAAGGCAACCAUCACGAACUCUGGUGCUACACGACAGAUCCCAGCACGAGAUGGCAGCGGUGUGACGUUCCAGUCUGUGGAGCUGAUUCAGGAUCAACAAGCACUGUGUUUUCCUGCGAACCGUGUCGUCCCGGCCACCAGUGCGUGAAUGGGGACGAGGUGGAGGAGAUCUGCCCGGCAGGGACCUACAGUAACGCAGACAGGACGGCCUGUACAGACUGUGCCGCUGGACAGUUCAGUGCCUCUGAAGGCACUCCUUGUGAGCCGUGUCCAGCAGGUCGGUUUACCGCCACGAGUGGAUCCAGCACCUGCCCAGUUUGUCCAGCGGGACAGUACAACCCCAACACUGGUUCCACCAGCUGCGCGGACUGCCCAGCAGGUCAAUACAGCACCUCUGGUUCCACCAGCUGUCAGAACUGCCCAGCGGGACAGUACAACUCCAUCCAAAGCUCCGGAAGCUGUCUGCCAUGUCCAGCUGGACAGUACAGCUCCAGUCAGGGAUCUACCAGCUGCCAAGACUGUCCAGCAGGACGGUACAGCUCCAACACUGGUUCCACCAGUUGUCUGCUGUGUCCAGCAGGACAGUACAGCUCCAGCACUGGCGCCACCGGCUGUGUGUCGUGCUCAGCUGGGUACUACAGUUCCAGUCAGGGGUCCACGAGCUGCCAGGCCUGCCCGGCUGGACAGUAUAGCUCCAGCUACGGAUCUACAAGCUGUCAAAGCUGCCCUGCCGGACAGUACAGUAGUUCCACCGGUUCUACCGGCUGUCAGACCUGUCCGACUGGAACCACUAGCGCCGCGGGCGCAACGGGCUGCUCGGCAACCAACGAAUGCCAGUCGAACCCCUGUCAGAACGGCGGAAACUGUGUGGAUGGGAAUAACCGUUACGAUUGCAACUGCGCAGGACCGUAUGAGGGCACGAACUGUGAAACAUUCCGGCUACAAGAGGUCGAUGGAUACACCGUUCGCCAAGGAGACUGCCCUGGGAACGACAUCUGGUCGGGAUCGGCAGGUCUGCAAGGCUGUGCCGACAUGUGCACAAGAACUGAGGGAUGCAAGGCCUUCUUGAGCUCCGGCAAUCAUUGCUUUAUCAAGUCCGGGACCUGCAAUUCUCCGACGACUGCCAAUCCGAACAAUGUGUUCUACGACAAGAUAGAGUACCAUGCUAUAAACUACUGUGAACACUCGACGGCCCGACUUAGCUGUGAUGGUGGAAAGGUUAUCCGGGUCCUGACAGCUAUGUACGGGAAAAUCAGAAACGCCGGGUGUACCAACGGUGAACUAGUUCCAGAUGGUUCAUCGCCGUCAACUGUGCAAGGCGCAUGUAUGUCUGCCGUGUCUUCUUUCCUGGUGAGGAACAAAUGUGACGGCCUGGCUGCCUGCGAAGUGGUCGCGAACAACGAUGUCUUCGGAGACCCGUGUGGCGGGGUCACUAAGUACCUAGAGAUAGGCUACAACUGCGUUCCCGUUGGAGUGCCAGCGCGAUACUCACACCUGGGAUGCUGGACAGACUCUACACAGCGCGCCAUUCCAACUCUCGAGGGGUCAGAUCCUCGCCUGGACGGGGCCUACUUAGCCCGCCAAAAUGCCGUGGAAAAGUGUUACCAGGUCGCCAAGUCUCGUGGCUUCACGGUGUUUGCCCUGCAAAACGACGGGUGGUGUGCAGGGUCGUCCGAUGCGGACAGGUACAGGAUGUACGGGGCCUCGAACCACUGCUUCGGGAACGGAAAAGGUGGACCACAUGCAAACGACGUCUACAUGAUUGGCGCUACAGAACAUAUCCGCCUGGUUAAUGGAGCUCGGAACUACGAAGGUAGAGUAGAGAUCAACCACAAUGGCCAAUGGGGAACAGUUUGUGACGAUGGGUGGGAUAUUUUCGAUGCCACGGUGCUGUGCCGUCAGCUGGGAUACCGAUCUGGUACACCCCAAACGCAGGCCCACUUCGGUCAGGGGUCCGGACAGAUCUGGCUGGAUGAUGUAGGAUGUUCCGGAUUAUCUUUAGAGUCAGCUCUCCAAGGCUGCAGCCACAAUGGCUGGGGGACUAAUAACUGUGAUCAUUCAGAAGAUGCCGGAGUUUCCUGCGAACCAUCAGUUCGUCUGGUCGGUGGAUCUGGUGACCACGAGGGAAGGGUAGAAGUUUACCACGACGGCCAAUGGGGGACGGUUUGUGACGAUGCCUGGGACCUGCCCGACGCUCAUGUGGUGUGCCGUCAGCUCGGCUACGGUAGCGCCCGCGAGGCGCCAUGGCGUGCAGCAUUCGGACAGGGGAAUGGCCCAAUCUUUAUGGACAACGUGGACUGUGGUGCAAAUGCGGAACGUCUGGAGUACUGCAACCACAAUGGAUGGGGCAGCCAUAACUGCGGCCAUGAUGAGGAUGCUAGUGUUAUCUGCAAUAAUGGAUAACUUCCAUAAGAUGGCCCCGGAAGCUGCCUUAAACUGAACUAUGGAGUGGAAACAUCGACAUGGAUUCUCGUUCAUUGGUUUCUUCAUGCUAGAAUAUAUGUCAGAGGAGCUACGAGUACUGACAUGAACCAUUAAGACAGUCUAACUUAAAUCUCUUCAUAGGUUUAAACCAAAUAAUAGACAUUAUGACUUGAGAUACAAAGGUUCGAAACAAGUGAUUAGCAAAGCCAAAAGGGAUGAUUUUAGGCUGGCAUUCAGAGAUAAAUAAUGUCAGAGAUGAUGAUGAUGAUAACAGAACAAAUCUAUAUUAAUCUAGAUAAGGGAACAUUGAAAACAUAGAAGCAAGAAAUGAACGUGAUUGUUAUAACUCCGGUAAUGCCCAACGACAACUGCAAUGCAAUGCUGGCAAAUAAAUUCAACUUCUUGUUGGUCAUGCAUGUUGACAAAAUGGAAUUUAACGAAGCAUUACGUCUGGUACAACAUACUUGUAAGUGAGACAGUUUUUGUCUGCCUAUAUGAAUUUCAAACCAUUCAGAAACAAUUGAAAAUAAUUGCGAAAACACCUUUUGGAUUCAGUACCCAGCAUUGUAUUUUAUGUCAAUUUAGUGCUGUCUUAAACUUAACAAGGUUAAUUGACUAAUUCUUGUAUGCUAGUCGGCGACACGGUUACUCUAUGACGACAUUUGUCCGACUUAACACUACGUCACUGUGUUGCCCAUUUGUAGCUCUCAGGCCUACCUGCGUUUUAACCAUUGUAACAGUGUCAAAUAUUCUCACAACAUUUAUGUUACCUUUCUUGAAUACAUGUAACGUUAUAUGAUAGCUAACCAACUGUCACAAGCACGGAAAAUACGUUAACUUUGAUAUUUCAUUAUGCCAUUUCCAUGGAGAAAAGGAAAUUCAAAGCUCACUAUCAUGGCUACUAAAAUGAUUAAGAUGCUGGUAGUUUAUGCCUGAUAAGGAUUAUGUUUACUCAAGAUAUCAAUAUUCUUAAGAUUUUGGCGCAUGUUUUAUGUCAAACACGUUUGUGGUUUAUCGUGAGAUUGACGAUUUUCAAUGUUUCCCCUCAACGAAACUCAUUUGACGAAGAAUUUAUGAUGACAAUUGUUGAUAACAUUGGAAACAUUAGAAUGUGGUAAAAAAAUGAACAUCUGACAUCUGAGAUAUAAGCAUGAAUCAUUUCUCUAAAGAUAUAAUACUAUAUGAUUUUCAUUGGGUUUUAGAUAAGUCAUAAAACAUAUAAGUUAACACUUAUAAGUGAUAGGUCUACAAAGGCUAUCAUCCAAUUCAUUACACAGUAUUUUGAGCUUUGUGGGAAAUAUACCAUUGAAGACAUGUUCGUUAUGUCUUUGACCUUUAUGCUUGCUAAAUACAAAAUGUAUAAUUUUGAAUAAGAUUUAUGUAGCUGAUAUAGAUUUAUCUGGCGUAGAACUUAAAAUAAACUUGCAGUUGUCGUCACCAA